AUGGAUCCGCUGUCUGUCACAGCUUCGAUCAUCACCCUGAUCGAGGCAUCGGGUAUCCUCACAAAGUCCUUGCAUGGCUUCAUUCAUGGUCUGAAGACGGUGGAUGCCAGAAUCACUAGGCUCUGCGAGGAGCUCAAGAACCUGACGAAUCUGCUAGAAGCAGUAGAAGGGGCCUUGAAAGAUUGCCGGUCCUACGACCUUGCAAAGGUUGAAGAAGACUUGCUGCAGCAAAGCGACAUCGCGCUUGCAGACUGUCAGACCACUCUGAACGACUUGAAGAUGCUCAUCGAGAAGGUCAAGAAGACGGCAGGCUCUCGAGCUCUUGGAUGGAAGAUCAAGGCCAUGUUCGACCUCUCAGUCCAUGGCAAUGAACUAGUGGCAUUCCAAGAGAAAAUUCACAAGUCCAACGGGGCUUUGCAGACGAUAUUUCAUACCAUCACUGUGUCAGUAUAA